AUGAAUAAUAUAGUAUUCGGAAAACUUGAACGAUUACAAGAAGUUAAAAAAUUAAAAGAAUCCGAGUACAGCACUGAAAUGUGCCGAUGGAUUUUGAAACCGUUAGGAGUAUGGCCAUCAAAUUCAAAGCUUUUUUUUUCAUUAUUAACAAUUAUGUAUUAUUUUUUAAUAAUCUUUUCGCUUAUUCCAAUGACUUUAUAUGCAAUUUUUGGUGAAAAUGAUAUUAAUUUAAGACUUAAAUGUAUCGGUCCAAUAAAUUUUUGUUUAGUUGGAUUAUGUAAGUACACAAUAUUGUUAUUAAAAAAGAAAGAAAUAAGUGAUUGUAUAGAUCAUAUAAAUUACGAUUGGAAUCAAGCGGUAAAUAAUAAAAAAGAUCGUAAAGUUAUGAUUACUAAGGCGAAACUUGGUCGGUUAAUUAUUAUAAUAUGUACAAUAUUUAUGGCAAGUGGUAUAAUAUUUUAUCAAAUUAUAAUACCCUUAACUGCUCCACGAAUUAUAACUCCAGAUAAUAAAACAAUUCGUCCAUUUGGUUAUCCCGUUUAUCAGCCAUUGAUACCAUCAAAAUAUCAAUCUAUAAAUCAUCUAAUUAUUGAUGUUGUUCAAUUAAUGGGUGGCAUUACAGCUGGUACAAUUGCAAUUGGUACAUUUAGUAUUUCAGCUGUGUUUGCAUUACAUUCCUGUGGACAAUAUGAUAUUGUUAAUUUACGAAUAUUAAAUUUUGUUGAUGAAAUUCAACAAGCAGAAAAAUUUGCAGUGAAAAAUUAUCACAACAGUUUUUUACUUAUUCCAAUUACUCUUCAUGCAUUUAUUGCUGAACAUGAUAUUAAUUUAAAGCUUAAAUGUAUCGGUCCAAUCAAUUUUUGUUUACUUGGAUUAUGUAAGUAUACAAUAUUGUUAUUAAAAAAGAAAAAAAUAAGUGAUUGUAUAGAUCAUAUGAAAUAUGAUUGGAAUCAAAUAGUAAUCAAUAAUGAAGAUCGUAAAGCUAUGAUUAUUCAAGCAAAAUUAGGCAGUUAUCCCAUUUAUCAGCCAUUACUACCAUCAAAUUCUGAAAUAAUUCAUCUUAUUAUUGAUAUUUUGCAAUUUAUGGGUGGCAUGACAGCUGGAACAGUUGCAAUUGGAACAUUUAGUAUUUCUUCUCUAUUUGUAUUACAUUCAUGUGGACUAUAUGAUAUUGUUAAUUUACGAAUAUUGGAUUUUAUUGAUAUUUAUCAAAAUAAAAAUAAUACAAUGGAUAAAAAAACCGCUGAAAUUGUUCAACUUCAAAUACGAAUAUUAACAUUUAUUCGACAAAUUGAAAAUAUUUUAAAUGAAGCCUGUUUUUUUGAAUUCUUAAGUUCAACAACAGGAAUUUGUAUAUUGAUGUAUAAUCUUAUGACUGAAAUUCAACAAGCAGAUAAAAUUGGUAUAAUUACUUAUCUGUUUGUUCUUGUACAUUAUGUUUUUAAUAUAUUUAUACUAUCUUACGUAGGUGAGAAAUUAUCACAACAGGCUCAAGACGUUGGUUCAACGGUAUAUAUGAUAAAUUGGCAUCAAUUACCACCAAAAAUAGCUAAAAAUUUUAUUUUAAUACUGUUAAUGUCAAAAUAUCCAAAUACUUUAACAGCUGGAAAAAUAAUGCCCUUGUGUUAUUCGACAUUUUGUGGAAUUAUUAAAACAGCAGUUGCCUACUUGAAUAUUUUACGAAGUGUAGUUUAAAUAUUCUAACUCAAAAAUAAUA